GCCAGUUUAGCUGGACAUCAGGGGCUGGCACAUCAGGCAGCAGACAGAGGCAUGUCAGGAUGGGCAGCGGGCAGAGGCACGUCAGGCUGGGCAGCAGGGGCAGAGGCACGUCAGGCUGGGCAUUUGGAGGCACGACAGCGGGCACCGAGUCAUUUGGCACGACAGCGGGCACAGAGUCAUCGGGCAAGUCAGUCAGCGGGCACCGAGCCAUCUGGCACGACAGCGGGCACGGAGUCAUCAGGCACAACCGCGGGCAAUGGGUCACCAAGCUCGACAGCGGCCACCGAGUCAUCUGGCACGACAGCG